AUAGACUUAAAGAGUGCAGAUCCUGAUAGUGUUUCAAAACAAAUGAAAAAAUUAUUUGAUAUCACAUGGGAAUUUAUGGCCAAUCAUUGCAGAUCUCAGCAAAAACAGGCACUGGAAUAGCAAGCAUCCUUGAGACUAUUGUUGAAGAUCUUCCUUGGUAAGUUAACAUGCUUGUUGUACAGUUUAAUUAGACUCAUGUCAGCAGUCUCUGUACAUUUUUCUUAAACGUUGGUGGAGUGGUGUUGGUUACACAAAAGCAGCAAGUUUCAAGCAGCAAAUUCACUCAAGAUAGGCUGAGGAAAACGUGGGCUGUUUCUAGCCUAUUUUUGUUUGUAAAAACAAUAUAAGUUACAUAGUUCUUUUGCAUCUUUAAAUAUUUAACCGAAAAAGUUGUAUGUUUUUACAGCUUGUUUCAGUCCACUUCCUCCCUACCUAUAACCAAAGACACUUGUUAAUUAAUACUUUUCAUGCCAUACUGUUGAGGCAACUUUAAGUGAGAUCAGGUCACUGUUUGACUAAUAAGCCCCAAUAUCAAAAUACAAAUUCUCCAAACUGAUCUCCAUAGAUGGUAAAAUCUAACCAGGUUCUUGAUUCUCUUAAUGCUUUACAUUGUGUAUUGACUGAAUUGGUUGUUGGUUACUUUUUGGACUUAAAAGGUAAAGAACGUUCUUCUGAUCCAAACACUUCUGUUAAAGACUGCCCCUUUAUUGUUGUUCAUCAUUUUAAUCUUAUUGGUUGUCAACUGAUAUUGUGCGAAUUUUUAGCCCUCAGGGUGAUUCAACCGCGCCAUUCAAAGCUCUUCUUUUUGACUCAUGGUAUGAUCAGUAUCGAGGAGUAAUCUGUCUUGUUGCAAUUCUGGAUGGAUCACUUAAAAAAGGUGGGGAUCAGUUUGAUUUGAGACACAUUCAUCUGUGCAAUGCCGAUCAUCAACCUCAGUCUAAUGGCACUUAUCUGUAAAACUUGUCUUAUCUAUCAUCAUAAUAACCAUUGCAUUUACUAACAUUUGUUUUUUGUUUUUGUUUUAUUUAUUUUAUUUGUCACUUUUUUUUGUUUUUAUAUCCUGAAUUGUUUUAUUACUAGUAACCUUUACUCUUGUGAUGAUUUCAGGAGAUGACAUUAUGUCUGCUUACACUCAGCAGAGUUAUGAAGUUAUGGAUGUCGGAAUAAUGUAUCCGGGAGAAGUCUCUACUGGUGCACUGUAAGAUUUAUAAAACAGCAGAUCACAUAUUUGGAUAGAAUAUUCAAAAUAUAUUCACAUUGGUAAUAUGCCAUAUUUUGCUCAACAGUUUUUCUGGCCAAGUUGGCUUUGUAGCUUGUGGGAUAAGGAAUAGUAAAGACGCACAGAUUGGUGACACGUUUUUCCAUCCGCAAGCUCCCGUGCCUCCCCUGGAGGGGUUUAAACCAACGAGGCCCAUGGUAAGAUUGGCCUUUUUCUAGGUGUUAAGAUAAGGGGCGGGAAAAAAUGGAGAGGAGCUGCGUAUGCUAUAUAAAUAAAUAAAAUAAUUAAUAACAGUAAGUAUUCUAAAUAAUGAUUUAGAGGUGGUACAUCCACUAAGUGGUUCUUCCUCCAACUGAUGAUUCCUGGAUGAAUUGGAAUUUCUAAAUGGUGGUUUUUGAAGAGAGGGCAAGACCGGAGUACCUGGAGCGGAGUACCCCGGCGGAGCGGAGUACCCGGAGCGGAGAACCCGGAGAAAAACCUUUCGCGGUAAAGGAGAGAACAAACAACAAACGUUACUCAUAUAUUGCUUCCUCGCUGGGAUUUUAACAUGGGUGAUGUUGAUGGGAGGUGAGUGCUCUCACCACUGCGUCACCCUUACUCACGUAACGCGUUUCCAUCUGAAUGCGGCCUGUAAGGGGCGGCUAUGGUAAGAUGAACAGUCAAAUAAAACAUACCAGAAAAAGAAAUCAACAAACAGAUGGAACAGUAGAAAACAAUAACAUUCAGGUUAGCUGCAAGGACAGACUCAAAUGCGAACAGUAAUUUAAGAAACUAAUAGUGAAUGUUACAAAUUUUUGUAUUGUAGGCGAUUUUAAUUAUUGUUUCAAGACGAGGAUUUUCUCAUCAGUUCUAUUUUUCUCUUUCUGCAGUGCAUGACUUCUUCUUAACAUUUCCUCCAAACUGUUUAAUCUGUUGCCCGGGUACUCAUAAUAACAGAAUGUCGGAGAUAGUUUUACAGCUCUGUCAAAGAAUUAUUUUUGACAUCUUUGUGUUUUAUUCACUGAUAGGUAUUUGCUGGAGUUUACCCUGUGGAUCAAUCAGAACAUAUGUACUUAAGAUCUGCUAUCGAGAAGCUCACCCUUAAUGAUGCUAGUGUUUCUGUGCACCCUGAUUGCUGGUAUGGAGUUUAAUUAUUAUAGAUAUCCAGUAACAUAGUUAAUUACGAAUAACGAACAUUCCCUUAGUCAGAAUUUGUUAAAAGAUCAGUAGGAUCACAAAAUCAAAUUCCAUUUGGCGAUAUAGUUAUUAUACGGAGUAUUUAGAUUAUUAUGCAAGACAAGAAGUUACAAUGUGCUUCCCCCGGUCCAGAGCGGUGAAGACCCCGGUAGAGUGGUCAAUCUUUCAUGGGGAGGGGGGAGUGCCACGGGACCACAGUAAAUGGUUUCACGCUGUUGCGGUUACCCUGCCAAGAACUGGGAAAUCUAGUAAAUGGAGUUGCGCACGCGCGCCUCACAUGUCUCCCGCCCUGGGUCACACGCGUGGCCAUUAUCUUCUACCGCGCGUUUCACUCCACUAACUGAAAGAAAGUGGGUACUGCAAAGUCCUCAGCUAAGGUAAGCUCAUCGGAACAAAAUGUUUUAAUUAUUUUAGCCUUGCACUAGGACAGGGAUGGCGGCUUGGUUUUCUUGGCUUGCUGCAUAUGGACGUCUUCAAACAAAGACUUGAGCAGGUAUGUUCUAUUUCUACUUGCAAUUUAAACUGUACUGUACUAGAGAACGUAUUUCUCCUUGUAAAAUGAAUCCUUUAGAAUCACAUGUGUGCUUUCUUUGCUUUCAGGAAUACGAUGCCUCUGUUAUUGUUACAUCUCCAAACGUUCCUUACAAAGGUACUUGUAGCUAUGAACUGGAUAGACUGCGAAAAUUUGCUUACUCAGAGCCGCGGGAGUCUUUUUUUAACUUUGCGUUUCUCUUUUGACAGCAAUUUUAGCAGGCAACGAGGAAAGAGAAGUAGAGGUUCUAAACCCAUUGGAGGUAAAUUGCUUUUUAGCUGCUUAUUUUGUGCAUUUUUUUUUUCUGGUUUCGAAAGUCAUUAUGGAACUCAAAUAGAUUUGACGAAAUAAUAAACUAAAAAAAGGCUGCUGUUGACAAAAAUUAGUGGACUAAAGUAUAGUACAACUUAAAACUUGCAUUUACAGCUCCCUGAUCACUCGAAAGUGGAACUGUACAAGGAGCCAUAUGUACUGGGCACGAUAGUGUUCCCUGAGGAAUGUAUGGGAAAAAUGCUUACGCUUUGUGAGGUUAGUAUAGAUGAACAGGCAGCCACACAAGCUUGCGCGAAAUUAGUUCUAUAUCCUGCAAGAAGGUGUCGACUCAACACGAGGAAAGUGACUUGCACACACGCUCAAAAACUGAAGACUUCGCGAAUGAGGAGUCUGUUUAUACACUGUAUGUAUUUACCGCGCAUGUGCCGUGUUAGGGUCCACUGAGCUUGGCAACAAGCAACACAUGCUGACCGCGACAGUAAUGUGGGCCACAUCCCUUCCCCGUCCGAAAGUCAUCGCCGGCCUCCUCUUCAAUCCUUGUACUUAAUCUCCUCGGCGGUGUAUGUACAAGGAAGGGCACAACCAACGGUACAUGCAUGAAAAAAAGAGCCAUUUCUUGAGCAUCUUCGCUUUUUGUAAUAAUCAAAGUGCGCAUCAAGGCCCUAGAUUUUUUCCCUUUAUUUUUCCUGCUAUAUACAAGUCAUCUUUUUGGUUAAGAACGGCUUCCAUGUUGCUUCUCCUCUCUUUCUUGUCACUUGUUUGUUUCAGAGUAGGCGUGGUGAGCAGCAAGAGGUGCUGUAUAUAGACGAGUCUCGUGUUAUGCUGAAAUACCUGUUACCGCUGAGCGAAAUUAUCGUUGACUUUUACGACGAACUCAAAUCUCAGUCUUCUGGAUAUGCAAGGUUUGUUUUCUAAAACUGAGUUCAACUCCAGUGUGCAAAACAUGGGAUAUAUGUACACUUGGAGGACUUAAAGCAGUCAUGAGAAGAAGCGUUUUGAACAUAAAGAGGCAGAUGGUUCCACCCUGGGACAGGGCGAGGAAAGAUUGAUGCUGUGUAACAGCUUUUAAAUGCUAGAAUAUUCCUGAAGUAGUGUUGACUUUGAGACUGGUCUAGUAACACGCCAGCUCCUGAACAGGAUCUGACACCUUUCUACGUCCAUGCGAUCGUGUUAAAUCUUUUAAAAUCAGGGAUUGGUGGCUGACAGCCCUGCGGCGCGCUUCGAGGCUUUACUGCCAACCGUGAUCCCACAUAUUUUUCAGUAGUUGAAAUAUUCUAAAGUCAGCAUCUACACAACCGGAGAUUCUCAGGUUCCCAUUUUCGUUUCAGCUUUGACUAUGAAGAUGAAGGCUACCGAGAAACUAAUAUAGUGAGGGUAGGUUUUGCUGCCAAAUGUUAAAUGUAAGAUUUUAAAAAGGUGAUCUGCUGACGGACGAAAGCCGGGUCUUUUCUGAAGUGUUCUACUUAUGAAAGGUAUCUAUAGACUGCUGAUCAAGAGCAGCGAAAUUCUUUAUAUCAUUAUGAUUGAUUUUAUUGUAUCUAUUUUAACAGAUGGAUAUUCUGAUCAACGGAAAUGCAGUUGACGCGUUAAGCUGUAUAGUACAUGUAGACAAAGCCCUGCAGUCAGGACGGACGCUGUGCGCCAAACUUAAAGACGUUAUUCCAAGGUAUAGCACAGCAACUCAUAAGUGUGUUGUUGUGAUUUUCCAUUUUAAUUCCAAUCGAGAGCAACGCGGAUUUUCUAACCAAGCAGCAACCACAAUAUUUUAGUUUUUGAGAUGGAUGCCACCUUUUAUUACCCUGCGUACGGCCUGUUCAAGCCAUUAAACAAAGUAAAAAAGAGAGGCGAGGUGUGACUUUUUAUGCAUUGUUAACACGUGCAAACAAGAAGAAGAAAUGUAUCAGAAGUGGAUUUCUUGGGUUACCCUCCCUCAGCCCUAUACACUGUGCAGUCGAAUUUAUAAAGCACCUCCCUGCUAUCGGCUGAUACAAAGAGUUGAGAAAGAGAGAAACGAACGCUUCGUCCUGCGUUUUCAGUGUUCUUUGUUAUUUUGAUUUUUUUUCCACUUUAGGCAGCUAUUUGAAGUGGUUAUCCAAGCUUCUAUCAGAGGAAAGAUUACAGCAAGAGAAACGUAAGAAUUGUACAUUUGAAUGCGUAGCGUCUUCUUUUAACGUCAUUAGCACAACACAUUGUGCGUCAUGUCGCGCCUCUUUCCAGAGCUGCAAGUUAUAGUCGGUCAGCGAACAAUGUAUGGCCUAGCCUGCAAUGUAUGCCUUAUUCAAGGGCGAGCGAAAGCUCCUUGUUUAUGUUCACAACACUGUAGCCGCUAUCUUCAAUUUUAUGACAGAGGAAGAUUGGGGGUAGCCUGCGUUGCAGCUGGUAUCAGGGAUUAAGACUGUCGUCUGCGAUGACGCAGGCUAGAUUGAGCUGGAGAGAAGAGUGGCGGGUUCAACAUGGCGAUUACGUGAGGAAAAAAAAUUCGCACACCUAUAAAAAACGCCUGUGGUGUAGGCUAACAAUAUCCGUCCAAAAUUUUCCCCCGAUCGACGAAAUCCUACAUGCAGUCGGACAUGACCGAGCAAAUCAAGUACUAAAGACUACAAUGACUGUAGCUGUAGAUCUGUCAAGUAAUUAAAGAAAUUUUAAGAAAUCUACAGAAUGUAUGUUCGACAACGUUUCUGGUGAAUCCGGCUAAAGUGGUUACCUGGUCGAAAAAGAAAAAAAACUGAUUUUAAUAACAAUCGAAUUUUCCUUACUUUCCAGUCAGGCUGAGUAGAUCGGUUGUAGCUUUCUUGUUCGCUUUGAUCUUUUUCCUCCUUCUAUUUUUUAACAAUUUGUAAUCUUCUCUUUCUAGGAUUAAAGCACUCAGAAAAGACGUCACUGCAAAAUGCGUAAGUUUUAUCUCGUUGACCACUUUGUACCACUUUAUACUCUGCAACAGACACUUAUUUUUUGACUUGAUAAUGACGUUUGUUGAACGUCGAAACGUCGUCGUUUUUAACUUUUUUUUAAUAUGAGAAACAUUUUAGCGCAGUAUUUUUUAUCCAAAUGUUUAUUGCAAUCGCUUCUUAUUCAAAUUUUGUAGUUAUUUAUUUAUUUUUUUAGUAUGUGUUUUUUGAAUUUGUGUUUGUGUGUGUGUGUCACUCACACGAUUUUCGUUUUUGUUUGUUUGUUAGGUUGGUUUUGUUGCCAGAUAUUCUGUGGUUGCUUUUUAGAAUAGUUGUUAAGUCUUGCCUGACAAGAUGUUUCAUAUAAGGGAAACGCCUAUUGUUGUUACAUUUUUCUAGAUACUUAUUCAAACUGUAGUCAACGGUCACCCUCUAAUUAAGAGGUAAAUUACUAACCGCUCCAACAAGUUAAUGAUUUUUUGAACUUCUAUCGAACUGUCAACCUGUAUAAGUGAUCGAUCAGCUUGUGUGAAGGAAGACCGCUUAUACGCAAGUUUGACUGUAUUACGCACGCGCCGACUGCACAUCUCAAUCUUAAAUCCUCCAAAUCACCACUCAGUGGGACGCGUCACCUGUACUUGAGGGAGGGAGGGAGGUAGGGGAAAUUACAUUCUCACGAUUGGUUAUUAUUAUAAUUAUUUAAGUUGAUUAUUUAUUAUUUGCAGUAUGGCGGUGACAUAACGAGGAAAAUGAAGCUUUUACAAAAGCAGAAAGAAGGAAAGAAGCGAAUGAAGAGAAUAGGAAGAGUGGAUGUUCCUCAUGAGGCCUUUUUAGCUGUUCUGAAAAGAUGACAACAGUUCAUCAAAAUAAAGCUCUCUAAUACAGAGAAAAGAAGUGAUGACGCUACAAAAAUCUAAAUUCAUGUA